GGCAGCGGCCCGGCCCGCGUCUGCGCCCCUCGCGCCCCUCGCUCGCCCGCCCGCCCGCCCGGGCCCCGGCGCGCAGCCAUGGUGGGCCGCCUGAGCCUGCAGGAUGUGCCCGAGCUCGUGGACACGAAGAAGAAGGGCGACGGCGUCCUGGACAGUCCGGACUCGGGGCUGCCCCCCAGCCCCAGCCCCAGCCACUGGGGGCUUGCGGCGGCCGCGGGCGGCGCAGGCGGCGGGGAGCGCGCGCCGGCCCCCGGGGCUCUGGAGCCUGACGCGGCGGCGACCCCCGCGGCUCCGAAUCCAGCAUCUCUGCCCCACGCCUCGGCCUCCGCCUGCUCGCCGCGGCUGUGCCCCCUGUCCUUUGGCGAAGGAGUGGAGUUUGACCCUUUACCGCCGACAGAAGUGAGGUACACUUCCUCGGUCAAGUAUGACUCGGAGCGGCACUUCAUUGACGAUGUCCACCUGCCCCUGGGCCUGGCAGUGGCCUCCUGCAGCCAGACGGUCACCUGCAUCCCCAAUUGCACGUGGCGCAACUAUAAGGCGGAGGUGCGCUUCGAGCCCCGCCACAAGCCCAUGCGCUUCCUCAGCACCACCAUCGUCUACCCCAAGUACCCCAAGACCGUCUACACUACCACCCUGGAUUACAACUGUCGCAAGAUGCUGAGGCGGUUCCUGUCCAGCGUGGAGCUCGAAGCCACGGAGUUCGUGGGUGGCGAUUACCUCUCGGAUGAGUGCUGACUUGAACGGGCUGGUGGGGUUGGACCAGCUCUUCUGCCGCCCUGGUCCGGGUGGGCCACUGCUGCCCUCGCGUGUGAUUCUGGCCCCCGAGGAGUCUGACCCAGAGAUACCUCUCAGCCCAGCCCAGGGAAGAAAAAAAUGUCGUGGUGUCUUAGAAUUACGGAGAAAAUUUGGUUUUAUACAAUUUUUCAAAUUGUUUUUAAAAGGAGUAUGUUUCUAGUUUGCUGCUGCAUAGUUUCCCCCAAAGUCUCAAUUUGAUGAGAAAAUAAAAAGUCAACUAGAGCAAAAGGAAAAUGGCCACAAUUGGAAAGGGAGGGGGAGGGGAGAGUCUUCUUCCACUGGUCAGUUUCUCUGAGGAAGAGCGUGGAAAAAUCUCUGGGAUGGAAAAAGUGAGUUUUAAGAAAUUUCAGUCGCGGGUGUCUUCACUGCUACCGAAGUGGUGCUAAUUCUGUAAGCUGUGACACCCAUGUGGGUUCAAUCUGUGGAGAGAUGAGUUCCAUUCCAUUUUUUAUUUCCAUUUCCAUUUCCAUUUCCUGUUAACCAAUACUCUUGGAAUUCUCUCAGUCUUUUUCAUGAUAUCGAAAAACCCCAAGCUGCAGUAUAAGAUGACUUAAAAAAAAAAAAAAAAAAAAAAGAAAGGAAAAGGUUCACCUGUUCUCACCUUUUCAGGAGGGUCGGGUCAACUGAUGGCCGAGUUUGGGAGCAAUGGCCCCAGUUCUGGUUCCUUCCACCGGUUGGUCUCUGGCCGAGCGCCUCGCACCCUUGGCAUCUAGUAAUGUCUCCACAGGCUUGUGUAACUCUCCUAUGUAUUUUGGAGUUUCCACAUACUUUCCUAUUUUUUCACAAGGCAAAACACGGCAGAGGGCCCUUUUGAGAGAAAUGGUAUUUUAGAAAAUGCUUAGGAAGAACGUUUUUUGGGAUUCCGCGAGGGGGGUUUCACUCACGAUGGGAACCCAUGGCCACUCCUAGGACUUGAUGCCGUUUGGGAGGAGGUGGAUGGAGAUGCUUCUGGUGAUCUGGUUCCUCAGGAUGGCCCUCUCCAGGGACCCUGGUGAGCUGCUCUGAAGACUUUGAUUGUGUCAGCACUGCAGAGGGGUUCUGCCAGAGCCUCAGGUCUAGGCCAGAAAGCAGGCAGUCUGCCCCCUCAGGUGGAGCAAAGGUGAAUUCAGAAUCGGGAAUGAUGUCCGUCACAAGUCAAGCUCCAAAACCUGGGUGCUGUCGUGAUGGUGCACGCUUCUUUUAAGUGUUCAUUUUAGGGUAGGCAACAAUCGUGGCGUUGGGUGUGAGCUGAAGAAACUUUGUGAAUUCAGCGGAACAGGCCACAGAAGCAGGGGCGAGGCUGGGUGGUGAGGGCGAGGUGGCCCGGCUGCCCCUGGACUUCAGCCAUCUGCCCGCCCUGCCUCUCCCCAGCCCUUAAUUCCUCCUGUCAAUCCCUGUGGGUUUUGAGUGAAGAAAGUGGCAGCUGGCUGCUUCUCUUCCAACGCUGGAGAGAACAAGCUGUGGGUAUUUCCCCUGAAUAGACCCACAUUGUGUCCAGUGUGUUGUAAGCUGGGACUCCGGCUGCAUCCCCCGGUUUCUAUUGAGGGCUUCCGUCUGUCUGGAAAGUCGAAGCGAUAGCUCUGUGGGUACCCUCGAGCCACAGCAGGGACUUUUGUUCCAUGGAGAGUGGCUGUGAUGAUAGUCUCUCCUUUAAAGUUGCUCAUUGGAGUCCUGGAGAGCCAGACUGUCUGCUACCCUCUUUUGGUUUAAUAGUGUUCAGUCAGUCUGUCGAGCGCCUAACUGACGGGACACAUCCCCUGGGUCGAGCCUGCAGUCAGCUCGCUAGUCCUCAGUUCGCCAGGGUGAAGCUCAGCAGGGACCCCUCGAGGGGGCACUCUGGGACCCCACAGUCUCCUCAGUCAUCAGGCAGAGCAACAAAUGCUUCCUGUGUUUAGAAGAGCAAGUUAUGUGACAUUUAUUGAUAAAAAUGGAUUUUUCUCUCUGAUUUCAUAAUCUUGUCAUUUAGGACGAGUGGUAAAUGCAAUUUUUAAGUUAUGUUAAGAGAAUUCCCAAGGUUCUGCCCUGGCCCCAUGGGGACACUUGAAUGAGCUCAGAACAGUCUUGUGGGCAGUAUGGCAAGAGAGAGAAGCGGGGAGCUCGGUCUUACAAGACAGCAGUGUUUUGAGCUGUCCACGGGGGACCUUUCUGUUUUAGGGGAUUGGGUUAAGUUCAGGCAAAUCAUUCUAGAUGUGGAGAGGAUCCAAAAUACAUCAGUAAAGUAAGUAGAAGUGAGAGGCGGGGAAGGUGUCAUGCGAAUGGAAAAGCAGGGUUGCUUUGUGAAGUUAUUCACUAGGGAACCAACACAGUUCUUUCAAAUCCUUUCUUUUUCUCCAAACCUGCUUUACUGAAAGAUGCAGAAAAGCAAGCGUGGGAAGACGUCAUGGGACACUCGAGGGUGGAUCGAACGGCUCAGUCGAUGGUGGAUUCACGUUAGUCUACAAGGGGGAUGCAACGACUCUUAAAACUCACUAGUUACAAACACACAUUCCUAAGCGUGUGGGGGAGACACAGUUUACCUGUUAAGUAAAAAGUCUUUUUUUCCUCCGACUCUUAAAUUAUGUCUUUUAUGUGAUUAGGAUGAUUUGUAUUUUCAGAGAAAAAAUUGUUUUCUUUUUAAUUCACAGACCUUUUAAAAAGAAUGAGUAUGUUUUCAUUUGAUGCUUUUCUUCUUUCUAAUCUUAGGAAAUCCAGAAUAGUAUUUGACAAAAACUGUUUUUUAAAUUUAUCUUUGACAUCUGUCCCACUCCAUUUUGCUUUGUGACUUCUUCAUUUAAUAAUAAAUUACCUAAAA